AAGAAAACAUGAAAUUAAUAUUUUUUGUUUCUAUAAUUUCGAUAGCUGCAUGCGCAGAAUUAUCCGAUCUUGAACAUUGGACAAAUUUUAAGACGACGUUUAAUAAAACAUAUGGACAAUCCAAAGAAGAAAUCAAGCGUUAUUCAAUUUUCCAAAAUAAUCUCAGGAAAAUUGAAGAUCACAAUAAAAAAUUUUUGAAUGGAGAAACCACGUGGGAAAUGGGUAUCACCAGAUUCGCUGAUUGGAGCGAAGAAGAAUUUUUCAAACAUGGUAAAGGAUUAAACUCUAAAAAAAUCAUCAAGGCUUCUUCUAAGGCGGUUACAGAUAUUGUAGAUGAAUGGGGUUUCUGUAUUCAACUCAGGGAUGAGAUUAAUGAACCAAAAAGAAAUAUUAAACUUGCUGAUGACGAAUAUGAUUAUGAUGACAGUCUUGUUGAUUUUCCAGAGUCAGUUGACUGGAGAACAAAAGGUUUUGUACUACCACCUAGGGAUAUGGGUGAACGUGAAGAACAUUAUGCCUAUUCAAUAGCCGCAGCCUUAGAAUCCCGUAGAGCAGAUCAAAACGGCAUCUUGGAGUACUUGAGUCCACAAUUUUUAAUAGACUGUAGUCCAGGCAAUUCGUUCGGCAGUACUUUUACAUUAAUCUUUCACAAAGGUAUUCCGCAAGAAGAUCGUUAUCCACUUAUAGAAGGAAAAGGAGAAUGUAAAUAUUUAAAUGAUACCAGUUGUAUAGCAUACUCGUACGUACAUCCAGAAGAAACAGUAGGAACAAUCGUAAGAGGUUACAACCCAUUAGCAGCUGAGAUAGACGGAGGAGACUUGCAACUAUACAAGUCUGGAAUCAUAGAUGAUUCGAACUGCAAAAAUGGGAUACGAAAAGACUGGAGUGCUGUGAUUGUAGGUACAGGAGUUGAAAAUGGAACCCCCUACUGGAUCUUCAAAAAUUCUUGGGGGACGUCUUGGGGAGAAGAGGGUUACUUCAGAUUAAUCAGAAAGAAGGAAGCUUGUGGGGUAUCAAGUAAUGCUUGUGCCGCAGAUAUUGUUGAUCCAUGGAUUUAGUAUUCAGUCA